UCUUUUAUCGGAUUUUACAGAAGGACGACUUUUGUUUACAAAAUGUCGGUCUUUCUCCAGCUGCGGAUGCUACUGUGGAAGAACUAUACAAUCAGAAGAAGAAAUUGGGGUCGAGUAUUAGUUGAGAUAGUUUGGCCUCUUUUCCUUUUCAUAAUUCUCAUGCUCGUUAGGACAAGGAACCUGAAGAAAUAUCAUCAUGAGUGUACAUUUGAAGAGAAGGCUAUGCCGUCAACUGGCGUUCUUGAGUUUACUCGCAGCUUUAUCUGUACAUUCAACAACACUUGCCACAGAACAACCUGGACAGAGCCCAGAGGACUAGAGAAAUACAAUGAGUCCUAUUUAAACCAACUUCUUGACGAUAUAGAGGAGACGCUUCUUCUUACCUUUGAUACAGAGGAGAAAUCACAGGCUCUGGUUAAUGUGUUUAAAGACCUGGGAACCCUGAAGGAAGUAUUAGACAGGAUUAAAGCUGGAAAUGUUCAACCUCCACUUGAUGGGUUUGAGUUGGGAAAGGUGGUGAGCUUGUUCAACAACCCGGAGGCAUUCUUGCAGGAGCUUGAAGGGUUCAUGGAGAUCAGGAAUAUAACGUUAACCCCGAACAACGUUAUAGCGCUAGCUGACGCCAAUGUUAAACCAGAACUUAUAGAUGAAGAACAUUUUAACCAGAUCCUGCAGAAUCCAAAACUUACGCUUUGCAAUAUAACACUCACAAAAAAAUUCAUACUUAAUAUCGCGAGUUCAGACCUAGAAGAAAUUCUGGAUUCACUUUGCAGUCUAUCCGUUUCUGACACUCUAACAGCCGCGAACAUAUUUGCUGAUAAUAUUAACAAAACCGUGCUUCAAGAAGAGAUGAAUAAGUUUAUUGAACUGAAUAGUGGAGGAGAAUUACAUUUUGAGGACUGGAAUAUUAUGAUGAAGGUUUCAACUGUUCUUGUUACAGAGCUGGCAAAAUAUGAAUCCAUUCAGGCUUUUGUCAGUGACCUGGAAGAUGUUCUGAACGAGUUAACAAGUUUGAUCAAGGAUAUUUCUAGUUUUCAGGCACCUACGCUGGGCGAAGAAGGGAACGAAAGUUCCAAUUUCACCGAUUUGAGUUUCGUUUCCGGACUAUCACGAGGUUAA